AUGGUAGGUGUGAACCUGCAACUCGAUAUUGAGCAUCUAUUAUUUGAAAUCAUUUGGGCAUUGCAGAAUAUAAUAGAAGGAUCUGGCGGUACAGUUGGAAGACUACGGGAGGUUGGUCUUCGUGAAGGAGACACAAGAAAGAACAGGGAGUGGAUAGUGCAUCCCGGUAGAAGAGCAAUAUUGUUUGCGGUUCAGAUAACGGUUACGGUUCAGGAGAAGUUGUUGGCUACGACAGAGAGGCGUCAAGGGAGAAUGGGAAUAUGCUCGAACACUACGGUGUUGUUUGCGAUGGGGAUGAUGAGAUCGGCGGAGAAGGAAAUGACAGCAGUCGGAGAGGGACCGAAAUGGGGCUUCUUUGUGAAUUCGAGCUCACUGUCAGCUCCGUUGUUUUGGCUACUCGCUACGAAUGUAUGCACACCUGGUUAA